AUGAUCAUCUCUUGGAACAUUAGAGGGCUGAAUAAAGUGGGCAAAGUUAGGGAUAUCAGCUCUCGUCUCCAAAAACUAACCCCUGCAAUCUCUGUGUUAAUCGAGACAAGAGUAAAGGUGAAGAAUGCUAGUUGUAUUCGACAGAAACUGAGAUUAAAAGAUAACUAUUCAAACCAUGAAAAUGGAAGAAUAUGGAUCCAUUGGAUGACAACCAUUUAUGCACAAAACCAGCUGCAGCGCAGAAAGGAAUUGUGGCGCGACAUAGAAAAGAUAAAUGCACAGCAAAAUGGACCUUGGAUCCUAGUAGGUGACUAUAACAAUGUGAUGAAAACUGAAGACAAAAUUGGCGGUAAUGACGUUACAGAGCACGAAUACAUAGACUUGAUUGAGAUGAUGAGUAAAACAGGACUAUAUGAAAAAGAUAGUGGGGGAGACUACUUCACAUGGUCGAAUAAACAGGGAGAUAAUUCUAUUUACUCUAGAAUUGACCAUGUCCUGUGCAAUGUUGAGUGGCUGCAGCAAAAUGGAAAUACAAAAUUAAUGAAUAUGAACCCCAACAUAUCUGAUCAUGCCAUGCUUGUGUUACACGACAAUAUUGAAGUCCAGCAGCCUAGCAAAGGAUUUAGAUUCAUAAACUGCUGCGCAGACUUGGAUAAUUUCCAAGAAGUUAUCAAGAACAGUUGGGACAUUCUGUUAGAAGGAAGACCAAUGUUUGAUGUAUGGAAGAAAUUGCAAAGACUACAACCCCACAUCCGGAAAUUGAGCAAACCACUGGCUGAGAUUCACAGGGAAAUUGCACGAGCUCGUGAUGAUCUGCACAAGGCGCAGGAUAAUUUAAUGACAAAUAGAUUGAAUGGAGAAAAGAUUAAUAUGGUGAAAAGAUGUUCUGAAAAUCUUAUUACUUUGUAG